CGAGGCCGCUGCCAAUGACAUGGAUAGUACCUUGCCAGCAGUAGCAGAAGAGCUUUUGAAAGAGAUCAAAAAGGCUUUUCGGGAGACCUCACAUGUCCCUGAUGACCUGCUGCUGGGGCUGAAGUUCAUAUUUGGCCCAUCUGCUGUCCCAGCUUUGGAUUUGGUGGAUCAGCGUUCUGUCACCCGAGUCAUGUCCCCCAGUGGAAGGACUGCAUACCAGGCAAACUCUACACCUGCUACAGUUCCUGCCACUUCUGCACGUGUCCUGCUUUUGGUUUUACGGUACUGCAGAAGAGCGAGAGCCUUCUGUGCAAACAUAUACUUGCCGUCUACCUCAGUCAGGCCAUGGGAACCUGCCAGGAACUCUCUGUCUCUGAGGAGCAGCUCACAAGCAUCUUACUGGCUGAGGAAGAGGAUGAAGGAUGAAGGAUUUGGAUCACAUGUGGAUGUGCUUUCUGUGGAUGUGCUUUUCCUGGCUGUGUAGCUGGCAUUUUUUGUAUCUACAAGGCUGUCAAAUGUUCAUCGUGGCUGGUAGGUUUCUUCCUGUGCUGCAGCCAAGCACGACAUUAAUUAGCAGCCUUGCACUGAUGGAUUAAUUAAUAAAUGUUAAGAAGCC